CGCCGUCAUCGUACUACUCUAAUGUUGGCGUCCAGUGCAAACACAUUUAUUGAGUUGUCCAAUAAAAUGAUAGUCAACGUUUAAGUUCAAUAUUAGUUUUUCUCCGACUUUGGUUUGAAACUGUUGUCGGGAUAGUAUUUUCGGUUGUUUUUCUAUUUUUAUACCGUCUACUUGAUACGUAGAUAUUAGUUGUGAUUUUUUUGGGCGAAUUUUUGUAAACAGACGAGAAAAUGGAAGGCGGCUUAAGUGCCUUUUAUUGUCUUUACCUUUUCUUGCUAAUGGAGAUGUCUGGUAUAAUGGGACAAAAUGCAAAACCAUCGUUUAAAGCGGAAGCUCCCAAUAUCCUCUGUAGUACCUCAAGUGCAUUGCCAACAGUUUUCAGCAUCAACUUGGUUCCCGCCACGUCAGACUUAAAGCUGAAAUAUCACAUCAAAAUCAGCUACGAAUAUUCGAUGCCGACCAAAACGCAGCACCAUUCGCUCUCAUUAUGGCGCACAAUCAGGACCUUAGAACAGCAAUUGAACGCUCAAAGGACAAUGAUUGAUGCACAAAACAAAAUCGAUAUUGCAACGGCCAGUCUGACACCUGGAGUAAUUUAUAUGUUUGACAUAGAAGCUGAAGGCAUGGAUGGCACGAAGAGUGAUGUCGAAAGAUUUGUCUUGGACUACAAAGAUGGUACUUUGUAUCGCAUGUGUCGAGAUGAGGGAACGACAAUUGCUCCGGCAGCUCCGACACCAAUGGCAAGUGAGAAUAGUAGUAACAUGACAACGCAAAGCAUGGCACCUGUCGUGACGACAUUAGCACCUCAAGUGACGUCGGGAAUGCCAACGGAUGUCGUUAAUGAGAUUAAUUCGAGUGAUGCCAAUAAUGAAAAUUUAACGGAGGAGAUAUCAACAAUUUCCCUCUCUGGUCCAAGUAAAAUUUAUGCUCACGUGCCUCUCGUUGUUCGAGCUUUUCCCAAAUUCAUCGGAAAUAUUAACGAAUAUUACAUUGAAUGGAAAGUCAAUGAUCUCCCGCCCGAAAUCCGAAACAUUCUCGCCAUCAAAGGUUCUCUUCUCACAAUUCCUCCGUAUUCUUUGUUUCCCGGGAAAACUUACACCAUCGAAGCCAACUUAAUGGACGCUUCAAAUUCGGAAUCUGUUGCAUCCGCAAAUCAUUCGGUCACCAUCGAACGUCAUGAACUCCUUGUCUCGAUGAUCCCUUCGAAUGCAUUGAUUGGCGUGGGAAGAGCAAUCGACAUCGAAUUAAAAAUUCAAGACUACAACCUCAAUGGAGGCCGUUUCAAAAUUCAAUGGCGUUGCGUCAUCAUCGAGGAAUCAUCGGAAGCGGAGUCCUUAUGCGAUCGUUUCAAUGACGUCUCGGAGCCGAAAAAGUCGAUUGUUUUUACGAAAGCUGGCUUGUAUCACAUGGAGGCGAUUGUCGUGGACGAAUUAAAUUUAACGGCUGAAGCAAUGUCGACGAUCGAAGUGCGAAAUGAAAUUAUUGCGAGAACACAAAUCGAUGAAAUGCCCAAAAAUCCUGUGGAUAUCACGAAAUGGGUCCGCGGACAAGCUUCGAUAAGUUACGUAGUGCCAAAAUGCGUCGCAAAAUGGUCUUUUGUACAAAAAGAAGGUUUGCCUAUGAAAAUACUUCCGCGAUUUCAGGCAUUGGAGAAAUUAUCGUGAACGACUUUGAAGCGAAUUUCUUGAAAGGCAUGAACGAUUACACAAACUCGACGGUGACGAAACACGUUAAACUCCAUAUUCCGCCGCCGAAAGAAUUUUCCAACUGGAACGGCUUAAAAGCUGACUCAAAAUAUCGCUUGAGACUUCAAACGAGUUGCCCGGAGCCAAUUGACUUGGAUAACCCGGCAGCAAUAAACAAAGCAAAAAAUAACUCAAAACGAAUAGAAUCCUUUAUGGAAGUCGAUUUCGAGACAAAUGGACCCCCAAUGACGUCACCUAUGGAUGUUGCACCAGACAAUGCUUUGGCAUUAUUGACUCCUGUCGUGUUUAAUAUUCCCCCUGCUGAAGACAAAGAUGGUCCGUUAUUUUAUUCAGUGGGAAUUGUUGUGGAUGGAAAGCGAUUGGUGUUGGAGACGGGAUACGAUUUGAGAGAAAUUCGAUCACAAAUUCCUUUUAGUG